AGAGAAGCUCCGGGAACGUGAGGCUUGCCAACUGAUCGAUCCUUCAUUUGUCUGGACAAGUCUUCCUUCACUUUCUCGAGAGGCUGUCUGUCUGUUCCGCAAAUAUGACUCUCGGUCACAACAGACAUCAUCCGGACGAUGACGUCGAGGCCAAUGCCUUGGACAACAGUUCGAGCAGCGGCGGCCUCGGCGGGAAGGACCUCGGAGAGUACGAGGCCCUCGACCGGUACAUCACCACCUACGAUGCCAGCGGCAACAAUCAUGGUGUAGAGGAGGAGGAAAGAAAGCCCAUCGCGUGGUGGAAAUUCUGGAAGAGCGAGGACCCGACGUACGACAGUCAGCAGGCUGGACAGGAGGGCAAGGCGCCGCCACAUUGGCUCGAGACCGAUAUUCAUGCCGGUAUCAGCAGCAGCGAGGUCGCAGAGAGACGGAAGCGUUUCGGCUGGAACGAACUUACUGCUGAGAAGGAGAACCAGUUCCGCAAGUUCUUGGGCUUCUUUGAAGGACCAAUUCUAUAUGUCAUGGAAAUCGCUGCCCUGCUCGCCGUUGGUCUGAACGAUUGGAUCGAUUUCGGUGUUAUUGUUGGCAUUCUUCUUUUGAACGCUUUUGUCGGAUACUACCAAGAGAAGCAGGCAGCAGAUGUCGUUGCCAGUCUGAAGGGUGACAUUGCUAUGAAGACAACUGUUGUUCGGGACGGCCAAGAACAGAUCAUCCUGGCUAGGGAAUUGGUUCCAGGCGAUGUUGUCAUUCUGCAAGAAGGACAGACUAUUCCUGGCGACUGCCAGCUGAUCUGCGACUACAACACCCCUCAGGACUUUGAAGAAUUCAAGAAGCUGAAGAACGAGGACAAGUUCGACCCUAAUGCGGCCAGUGAAGCCAAUGGCGAUGACAAGGCUGGCAAGGAAAUGAACGAUGAUGACGAUGCUGGAUCUAUCCACUAUGGUGUUUCUCUGAUUGCUUGCGACCAGUCCGCCAUCACCGGAGAGUCUCUCGCUGUUGAUAAGUUUAUGGGCGAUGGAGUUUACUACACUACUGGAUGCAAGCGAGGCAAGGCGUACGCCAUCGUCACGACUUCAGCAAAGUACUCGUUCGUCGGAAAGACUGCCAGUCUGGUCGAGGGUACCAAGGAUACCGGGCACUUCAAGCAGGUCAUGGAUACCAUCGGCACAUCUCUUCUUGUCCUGGUCAUGUUCUGGAUUCUGGCGGCUUGGAUCGGUGGAUUCUUCCGUCACAUCCACAUUGCCACUCCAGGCGUUCAGACGCUUCUUGAUUACGCUUUGGUGCUUUUCAUCAUUGGAGUCCCUGUCGGUCUGCCUGUCGUCACCACGACCACUCUGGCUGUUGGUGCUGCGUACUUGGCCAAGCAGAAGGCUAUCGUUCAGAAGCUGACUGCCAUUGAGUCUCUGGCCGGUGUCAACGUGCUUUGCUCUGAUAAGACUGGCACACUGACUGCGAACAAGCUCUCUAUCCGGGAGCCAUAUGUCGCCGAAGGCCAGGACGUCAACUGGAUGAUGGCCGUGGCAGCUCUUGCCAGCUCUCACAAUAUCCAGUCGCUGGAUCCUAUUGAUAAGAUCACGAUCCUGACCCUCAAGCGUUACCCCAAGGCUCGCGAGAUCCUCCGCCAGGGAUGGGCUACGGAUAAGUUCACCCCAUUCGAUCCCGUCUCAAAGCGCAUUACUUGCGAGUGCCGCCUCGGAAAUGACAGGUACAUCUGUGCCAAGGGUGCUCCAAGAGCUGUUGUCCAGCUGGCCGACACGACCGAGGAAGUCCGGAAUCUGUACAAUCUCAAGGCUAAGGAGUUUGCUGCUCGUGGAUUCCGAUCUCUUGGUGUGGCUGUCAAGAAGAACGACGAGCCGUGGCAGCUGUUGGGGAUGAUUUCCAUGUUCGACCCCCCUCGUGAAGACACCGCCCAGACUAUUCUCGAGGCUCAGGCUCUGGGUGUUCCCGUCAAGAUGUUGACUGGUGAUGCCAUCGCCAUUGCCAAGGAAACUUGCAAGAUGCUGAGCAUGGGAACCAAGGUUUACAACGCCAACAAACUGUUUAACUCUGGACUUUCCGGUGCCCUCCAGCAUGAUCUCAUUGAGCGUGCCGACGGGUUUGCCGAGGUGUUCCCCGAGCACAAGUACCAGGUCGUGGAGAUGCUGCAGCAGAGAGGCUCCCUGACCGCCAUGACUGGUGAUGGUGUCAACGACGCUCCCUCCCUCAAGAAGGCUGACUGUGGCAUUGCUGUCGAGGGUUCCUCCGAGGCCGCUCAAGCCGCAGCUGAUAUCGUGUUCCUGGCCCCUGGACUGAGCACCAUCAUCCUCUCCAUCAAGACUGCCCGACAGAUCUUCCAGCGCAUGAAGGCUUACAUCCAGUACCGUAUCGCUCUAUGUCUUCAUCUCGAGAUCUACCUGACCACCUCCAUGAUCAUCCUGAACGAGACCGUCCGCCCCGACCUGAUCGUCUUCAUCGCCCUCUUCGCCGACCUGGCCACUGUCGCAGUUGCUUACGAUAACGCCCACGUCGAGCCGAGACCCGUCGAGUGGCAGCUCAGCAAGAUCUGGGUCAUCAGCGUAAUCCUCGGAUUCGAGCUCGCCGUCGCUACCUGGAUCGUGCGCGGUACCAUGUUCCUCACCAACGGCGGUAUCAUCCAGAACUUUGGCUCCAUCCAGGAGGUUCUCUUCCUCGAGAUCGCCCUCACGGAGAACUGGCUCAUCUUCGUCACCCGCGGCGGCAAGACGUGGCCCUCAUGGCAGCUCGUGGGAGCCAUCUUCGUGGUCGACGUGCUGGCCACCAUCUUUUGUCUGUUUGGCUGGCUGUCUGGUAGCGGUGGUGGUGUCAUGUACACGCACCCCAGCGACUCCUUCAAGAACAGCAGCAACGGCUGGACGGAUAUCGUCACCGUUGUCCUCGUCUGGGCGUACUCCAUCGGUGUCACUAUCUUCAUUGCCAUUACGUACUAUAUCCUCAACAAGAUCCAGUGGCUCAACGACCUCGGCAGGAAGGACAGGCACAAGAAGGAUACGAUCCUCGAAAAUGCGUUGUUAUCGCUCAAUAAGGUGGCUAUUGAGCAUGACCGCAACACGGAGACGGGUCACGACCGAUUUUACCUGGUCGAGAAGGCUGCUGCCGAGGACGAGGAGUAGAGGAGAAGAUACAUGAAAAAAGAUGGCGGAGGAUAUUGGAAAUGGCCUUUGGUGUUUAAGGGUGAUUUGGGUGAAAUUGUUAAUAGAUUUCCAUCUCGGCGCAGUCGUUGGGAAGGUCUGAAAGCAUAGAUAGCAUCAGGUUUAAUUUCAAUCAAACCAUUUCAAG